CGGCGGCGGCGGCGGCAGCAGCAGCAGCAGCGGUGGCGGCUGCAGGGUGAGCGGCGAGUUUCCGAUUUAAAGCUGAGCUGCGAGGAAGAUGGCGGCCGGCGGAUCAAAAUACUUGUUGAACAGUGAACACAGAGACCAAUAAAAAUAACUGCUACCUGGACAUCAUUUGACUGGUUAGCCAGGUACAGGGCCCAAGCACUUGGGGUCAUCCUCCACUGCCCUCCUGAGCCGCAGCAGAGAGCUGGACUGGAAGAGGAGCAACCGGGACAGAACCAGCACCCAUGUGAGAUGCUGAUGCUGCAGGAGGAGGAUUAACCAAUUGCUGAUGUAUGUUCAAGAUGAGUGGACUGGGAGAAAACUCCUUGGAUCCUCUGGCCAGUGAAUCGCGAAAGCGCAAGCUGCCGUGUGAUACCCCGGGACCAGGUCUUGCCUGCACUGGUGAAAAGUGGAGACGGGAGCAGGAGAGUAAAUAUAUCGAAGAGCUGGCUGAACUGAUAUCUGCAAAUCUUAGUGAUAUUGAUACUUUCAAUGUCAAACCAGAUAAAUGUGCGAUCUUAAAGGAAACAGUAAGACAGAUUCGUCAGAUAAAAGAGCAAGGAAAAACUAUCUGCAAUGAUGAUGACGUUCAGAAAGCUGACGUGUCUUCCACGGGCCAGGGAGUGAUUGAUAAAGACGCGUUGGGACCCCUGUUACUUCAGGCAUUGGAUGGUUUCCUGUUUGUGGUGAAUCGAGAUGGAAACAUUGUAUUUGUGUCAGAAAAUGUUACACAAUAUCUGCAGUAUAAGCAGGAGGACCUGGUUAACACAAGUGUCUACAAUAUCUUACAUGAAGAAGAUAGGAAGGAUUUUCUUAAGAACUUACCAAAAUCUACAGUUAAUGGAGUUUCCUGGUCAAAUGAGACCCAGAGACAAAAGAGCCACACAUUCAAUUGCCGUAUGCUGGUGAAAGCAGCGCAUGGUCUUCUGGAGGAUACGAACGCCAGUCCUGAGAUGCGCCAGAGACAUGAGACAAUGCAGUGUUUUGCCCUGUCUCAGCCCCGGGCUAUGAUGGAGGAAGGAGAAGAUUUGCAGUCCUGUAUGAUCUGUGUGGCACGCCGCAUUACCACGGGAGAGAGAGCGUUUCCGUCUAACCCCGAGAGCUUUAUUACUAGGCACGAUCUUUCAGGAAAGGUUGUCAACAUAGACACAAAUUCUCUGAGGUCCUCCAUGAGGCCUGGCUUUGAAGAUACCAUCCGAAGGUGUAUCCAGAGGUUUUUUAGCCUUAAUGAUGGACAGCCAGGGACCCAGAAGCGUCACUAUCAAGAAGCAUAUAUACAUGGCCAUGCAGAAACCCCAGUGUAUCGGUUUUCCCUGGCUGAUGGCACUAUAGUGACAGCACAGACAAAGAGCAAACUCUUCCGGAAUCCUGUAACAAAUGACCGGCAUGGCUUUGUGUCAACUCACUUUCUUCAGAGAGAACAGAACGGGUAUAGACCAAACCCAAGCUCUGUUGGACAAGGCAUUCGACCUCCUGCACCUGCGUGUAACAGUUCUGUAGGUGGCAUGAACAUGUCACCAAACCAAGGCUUACAGAUGCUGAGCAGCAGGGCCUAUGGUUUGGCAGACCCCAGCCCCACAGGGCAGAUGAGUGGAGCCCGGUAUGGGGGUUCCAGCACCAUAACCUCACUGCCGCCUGGGCCAAGCAUGCAGUCGCCGUCUUCGUUCCAGAGCAGCAGCUAUGGGCUCAGCGUGAGCAGCCCCCCCCACGGGAGUCCUGGUCUGGGCCCCAGCCAGCAGAGCAUCAUGAUUUCUCCUCGUAACCGCGGUAGUCCAAAGAUGGCGUCACAUCAGUUUUCUCCUGUUGCAGGGGUGCACUCUCCCAUGGGAUCUGCCAGCAGCAGCGGGAGCCACAGCUUUUCCAGCAGCUCUCUCAGUGCCCUGCAAGCCAUCAGCGAGGGCGUGGGGACUUCUCUCUUAUCCACGCUGUCUUCACCAGGCCCCAAAUUAGACAACUCUCCAAAUAUGAAUGUAACCCAGCCAAAUAAAGGGAGCAGUCAGGAUUCCAAAAGUCCCUUAGGCUUCUUCUGUGAGCAGAACCCAGUGGAGAGUUCAAUCUGCCCGUCAAACAGUAGAGAUCACCUCGGCGACAAAGAGAGUAAGGAGAGCAGUGCUGAGGGGCCAGAGAGCCAGCGGGGCCCUUUGGAAAGCAAAGGCCACAAGAAAUUACUGCAGCUGCUCACCUGUUCUUCUGACGACCGCAGCCACUCCUCCCUGACCAACUCCCCGCUCGACUCCAGCUGUAAAGACUCCUCCAUUAGCGUCACCAGCCCCUCUGGAGUCUCCUCCUCGACCCCGGGGGGCGUGUCCUCCACCUCCAACAUGCACGGGUCACUGCUGCAGGAGAAGCACCGCAUUCUGCACAAGUUGCUGCAGAAUGGGAACUCGCCAGCCGAAGUCGCCAAGAUCACUGCCGAGGCCACCGGGAAGGACACCAGCAGCGCGGCCUCCUGCGGGGAGGGGAGUGUCAAGCAGGAGCAGCUGAGUCCCAAGAAGAAGGAGAACAACGCGCUCCUCAGGUACCUGCUCGACAGGGACGACCCCAGCGACGCGCUCGCCAGGGAGCUGCAGCCCCACCUGGUGGAAAGCAAAGGGAACCCGUGCAGCAGUUCCUCCACCCCCAGCUCGAGUCAGGAGAAGGACUCCAAGGUCAAGACGGAAACGAGUGAAGAGGGACCUGGAGAGUUGGACAAUCUAGAUGCUAUUCUUGGUGAUCUAACCAGUUCUGACUUCUACAACAAUUCUGUAUCCACAAAUGGUAGUCAUCUAGGGACUAAGCAACAGAUGUUUCAAGGAACGAAUUCUUUGGGUUUGAGAAGCCCACCAUCUGUGCAGUCCAUUCGUCCUCCGUACGGCCGAGCGGCGUCUCUAGACAGCCCUGUUUCUGCUGGCUCAAGUCCCCCAGUAAAGAACAUGAGUGCUUUUCCCAUGUUACCAAAGCAGCCUGUGUUGGGUGGGAACCCCAGAGUGAUGGAUACCCAUGAAAGUUAUGGCUCAAAUACGGGUGGACCAAACCGAAGUGUGCCUGUGAAUCCGACUCCUCCUUCGGGAGACUGGGGCUUGCCGAGCUCGAAGGCUGCCAGAAUGGAGCCUAUGACCUCCAGCCCCAUGGGAAGAGCAGCAGAUUACAACGCGUCUUUACCCAGACCUGCCCUGGGGGGCUCUGUGCCCUCCUUGCCUCUGCGGUCCGACAGCGUCCCGGGUGCGAGACCAAUGUUGCAGCAGCAGCAGCAGCAGCCCCAGCAGCACAUGGUUCAAAUGAGGCCUAGUGAGAUUCCCAUGGGAAUGGGGGUCAAUCCUUAUGGCCAAGCAGCACCGUCUAACCAGUCAGGUUCCUGGCCAGAUGGCAUGCUGUCCAUGGAACAGGGCCCGCAUAGCACUCAAAAUAGGCCCCUUAUUCGGAAUUCCCUGGAUGAUCUCCUUGGACCACCUUCUAACCUGGAGGGCCAGAGUGAUGAGAGAGCACUGUUGGACCAGCUGCACACUCUGCUGAGCAACACAGAUGCCACAGGCCUGGAGGAAAUUGACAGAGCCCUGGGCAUCCCUGAACUUGUGAAUCAGGGACAAGCUCUGGAGCCCAAACAGGAUGCUUUCCAAGGCCAAGAAGCAGCAGUAACGAUGGAACAGAAGGCAGCGUUGUAUGGGCAGCCGUACCCUGCACAGGGGCCUCCCAUGCAAGGAGGCUUUAAUCUGCAGGGACAGUCCCCGUCUUUUAACUCCAUGAUGAAUCAGAUGAACCAGCAGGGCAGCUUCCCUCUUCAAGGAGUGCACCCCAGGGCCAGCAUGAUGAGACCCCGGACAAACACCCCCAAGCAGCUUAGAAUGCAGCUUCAACAGAGGCUGCAGGGCCAGCAGUUUUUGAAUCAGAGCCGUCAGGCACUCGAAAUGAAAAUGGAAAAUCCAGCUGCUGGUGGUGCUGCAGUGAUGAGGCCCAUGGUGCAGCCCCAGGUGAGCUCCCAGCAGGGCUUUCUGAAUGCCCAGAUGGUUGCCCAGCGCAGCAGAGAGCUGCUCAGUCAUCACUUCCGACAGCAGAGGGUGGCCAUGUUGAUGCAGCAGCAGCAGCAGCAGCAAACCCAAGCCUUCAGCCCGCCCCCCAAUGUGACCGCCUCCCCCAGCAUGGAUGGGGUUUUGGCAGGACCUGCGAUGCCACAGGCGCCACCACAGCAGUUUCCAUAUCCACCAAAUUACGGAAUGGGACAACAGCCAGACCCAACCUUUGGAAGAGUGGCUAGUCCUCCUAGUGCAAUGAUGUCAUCGCGGAUGGGUCCUUCCCAGAACCCCAUGCUGCAGCACCCUCAGACUGCACCCAUGUAUCAGUCCUCAGAGAUGAAGGGCUGGCCGUCAGGAGGCCUGGCCAGGAGCAGCUCCUUUGCCCAGCAGCAGUUCGCGCAGCAGGCGAACCCUGCAGCAUACGGGAUGGUGCACAUGAACGGCAGCGCUGGCCACUUGGGACAGAUGAACGUGAGCCCCAUGCCCAUGGCCGGCAUGCCCAUGGGUCCUGACCCGAAAUACUGCUGACGUCUCGACACCAGGCCCUCUAAGGAGAUCAGUGUACAGGUGACACCGCACGUGGACUGUUGGGAGGGAAGACUCGUUCUGCGCGGUCUGACUUGAAGAAGGGACCGGCUGUGAGCCCCGUCAAGGGAGUUCCAAGUGAUGCUGUUUGAGCAGGACUGGAUUUGAAGCUGACGUGCAACACCUACCUGUACUCCCACCCUGUGCAUCCCCGCGUUCGGAACAGAAGUCUUUCUGACGUUCUGCCCCCGAGGGAUGUAAUCCUGGAGCCACGGAGUGUCACCUCUUUCUGCCUUGAUAGCCAACGUCUCUCAAAUAGGUGGGCCAGACAACACUGGAGAAGCAGAGGAGAACAUCCGGUUUCUCCCUGCAGUACUGGACAAAGAGCACAGUUCCAAGCGUCCUGUGUUUUGUCACCAAGUGGUUCCUGCUCUGCCCUUGGCUGGUGCGGAGCGACUCUGUCCCUUGUCUCUGUGUCCCGGGCUUUCUCCUCUGAAGACUGAUUGCCCCCAUGUUCUGUAAUCCUUCACCUCUGGGAAUUGUCACUGAUGGUCGCUGGCUUUCAGAAGGGAAAACGAGAUGACAGUAUUUAAUUGCAGCAGUAGCAAAGUUUUCACAUGCUGAUGUGCAGCCGUGUGCACUUUAUUUAAAAAGUAAUGGAUAAAUGCAAUAUUCUUGAGGUCUUGAGGAAUGAACCACAUUCCUGGUUUUUGUCUAAUCUCUUGGACAAGAACUAUGAUUUUUUAAAGAAUAUUAGUGUCACCCUUUGCCUAUAUGGUAGAGCAAUAAUGCUUUUUGAAAAUAAACUCUGAAAACUCAAGGCCAGGUACUGCAUUCUGAAUCAGAAUUCUGCAGUGUUUCUGUGAAUAUUUUUUUUUUGUAAAUAUGACCUUUAAGAUAUUGUAUUAUGUAAAAUAUGUAUAUACCUUUUUUUGUAGAUCACAACUCAUUUUUACAAAGUUUGUGAAGCGAAAUAUUUAACAUUGUUGAUUUCUGUAAGCUCAGUGUGGCGCGGCUGCUGGCACACGGGCCACCCCGGAGUUGUGCAGCCGGGGGGCGGGGGAGGUGAAGGCAGCCUGUCCUCCGCCAGCCUUUGCCGCCUCACCCUUUCCAAUCUCCCAAUCUCCAUGCUUUUUAAGAGAUCAUUUGUUUAGAUGUAGGCAUUUACAUUUUAAAUUCCUCCACCAGAACUAAGCACUUUUGUUAAUUUUGGGAAAGAAUGGAUAUGGGGAAAUAAACACUUAAAAUCAGGAAUUAAAAACAAGCGAUUUGACUUAAAA